AUGGCAGCUUGUGUUGAAAAUUCGAAAGAGAAGUGUCAAGAAUUUGCGAAGGAGAAGUGUUUGCCAUCGUUUAAAGACGCGAGAAUCGCUUGGGAUAGUUCGAGGGUGAAUUGGAAGGAAGUUUACCGGUUGAUUAAAUGGGUAUCUUUGCCAGAAAAGAGUGCAGGUUUUGAGUUAUUGGGAGUAGAGGGGAAUUGGGUUGAGUUUAAACGCAUGAUUGAUUCGACAAAUUACAGAGGAAGUGAGCUUUUGGAUUCUAAUUACAUGGGUAGUGAAGAUUUUGCAGUUGGAAUCGAGUACAGGCUCACUCCGGAGUACCCUUUGCCUGCGACUUAUGAAGAUUGCUGGGAUGCUAUUUAG